GAAAAAAAAGAAAUUGAUAAGCAAAGCAAAGGGCAGAGAGGUUUAAAGAAUAGAAGAUGAAGAAAGUGUAAGAGAAAGGGUAUAGCAACAGCACAACGGAAGUGAUGAAGUGAAGUCAUUGAAUCGAAUCGAAUCGAAUCGAACCCUAACUGUUCUCUAAGAAGCAAUUUUGGGUCAUACCCACGAUUCUCUGAACAAUGAACAACAACAAUCCAGCCAAGAAUCCAGUGACGCCGUCGUUUCAGCUUCUCACCCAGUCUCAGCCUCAAAUCCAAGGUGCUGUUCAGUUCCCUGGCCACUUUCAGCUUUCACAACCCCAAACCCAUUUGAUUGCACAACAAGCACAAUAUGCACAACCUCGUCUUCACCCUCAAAUGCCGCCGCAGCAACAGCUGCAGUAUCAGCAACAGCAGCAGCAGCAGCAACAGAAGCAACAACAGCAUCAGUUACAGCAGCAGCAGAAGCCUGUUGGUCUAUUGCAUAACAGUGGCAACACCCAUGUGGGCACUGCUGCUCCUGGAACUGCGAGUGCGAAGCGCGCGAAUCAGAAGCCGCCUUCUCGCGGGCCUCAAGGUUCACCCAGUGCUAACCAAUCGUCGGCAUUUAAGACCAUGGAGUUGACUCCGGCUCCUCUGAGGAGGAAGAGAAGCUACCCGGAGAAGCAAAUUCCGGAAAGGGUGGCUAAGCUUGUGCCUGAGUGUGCUGUUUAUACGAGGUUGCGUGAGCUCGAGGCGCAGAUAGAUGCUGCUUUGUUUAGGAAAAAGAUUGAUGUGCAGGAGGCUGUUAGAAACCCUACCUGUGUUCAGAAAACUAUGCGUGUUUAUGUGUAUAAUACCUUUUCAAAUCAGAAUAAAAUGGAUUCCGGGAAGAAUGAUGCAGAGGAGCCUUCUUGGUCCCUCAAGAUAACGGGAAGGUUAUUGGAAGAUGGUAAGGAUCCUGUGGUGGCAGGAGUUUCACAGAGGGAAAGUCCUCCGUGCCCUAAGUUUUCGGCUUUCUUCAAGAAAAUUACCAUAUACUUGGAUCAGGGCUUUUACCCAGAUAAUCAUGUCAUUGUUUGGGAAAGUGGCCGUUCGCCUAAUCAACGAGAUGGUUUUGAGGUGAAGAGGAAAGGAGAUAAAGAGUUCACUGCAGUGAUCAGACUAAUGAUGAAUUAUUCACCUGAGAAGUUCAUGGUUUCGACACAACUGUCUAAAGUUUUGGGGAUUGAGUUUGAUACCCGCCCCAGGAUAAUAGCUGCACUUUGGCAUUAUGUGAAGUCCAAGAAGCUACAGAGCCCAAAUGACCCUUCAUUCUUCAUGUGUGAUGCUCCUCUUCAAAGGGUGUUCGGGGAAGAGAAAAUGAAAUUCUCCAUGGCUUCACAAAAGAUAUCACAACAUUUGUCUCUACCACAGCCUAUACACCUGGAGCAUAAACUCAAGUUUUCUGGAACUUGUCCCGUCGGAACUGCAUGUUACGAUAUACAGGUUGAUGUACCUCUUCCACUAGAGAAAGAUAUGUCUGCAUUCUUGACAAGCAUUGAGAGUCACAAAGAGAUUGAUAAUUUUGAUGAAGUGAUUUGUUCUUCCAUAAAGAAGAUCCAAGGGCAUCUUAGGAGGCGGGCAUUCUUUCUUGGCUUUAGUCAGUCACCUGCAGAGUUUAUAAAUUCUUUGAUCACCUCUCAGAGCAAGGAUCUAAAGGUUGUUGCUGGUGAUGCCAGCCAUAGUGCUGAUAAUGAACGACGUUCUGAAUUCUACAACCAAUCUUGGGUUGAGGAUGCUAUCAUUCGCUACCUGAGCCGGAAAACUGCUCGGAGUGAUGCUCCUGGAAACAUCUGAGGAAAAAGUGUACAAUAGAUUGUUUUUGUUUCUUUCUUAGGAUGGGGGAGGUGGUUAAUUUUUUUGGCAUCACUCGAAUGUCUUACUCCAACUUUGCUAAUUUUUUGUUCCACCCUUCAAUUUUUCGUAGUGAAGUACACGAGUAUAUGGGCUCGAGAAUUCUGAUAGGGCUCAUUUUUGAAGUUCCUAAAUCAUGUUGUAUCUGCUAAUUCUCAUCGCCCAUUGCCAUAUUCACUAUGGUAGCUUGAGCCUAGAACAAUGAGCUAGCUAACAUCAUGCGUAGCAUCAAUUACGCUAUUUCUUGGUA